GUGCGCGCCGGCCGCGCCACGCUGCAGGACGUGCGCGCCCAGGCCGACUACGACGGCUGGUACCACAACCAGUUCCUCGUCGUCAACGACUGCCUCCACCGGUACCGCCACGCCGCCAGGUGGACCUUCUUCUUCGACGUCGACGAGUACAUCUUCCUGCCCGACGGCCGGACGCUCGACGGCGUGCUCGCCGAGCUCGACCCCUACACGCAGUUCACCAUCGAGCAGAACCCCAUGUCGAGCAGGCUGUGCGCGCGGGGCGCCAACGAUUCCGAGGCCGACUACUCCAAACAAUGGGGGUUUGAGAAGCUGGUGUUCCGGAAUUCGAUCACCGGGGUGAGGCGCGACAGGAAGUACGCGAUCCAGGCCAAGAACGCAUACGCCACGGGCGUGCACAUGUCCGAGAACGUUAUCGGCAACACCACUCACAAGACGGAGCACCUCAUCCGGUACUACCACUACCACAACACCAUCAACGUUCCCGGCGAGUUAUGCCGCGAGCUUGUGCCGGUGCCGCCGAAAGGUGGCGUGAUGUGGUCCGAGAAGACGCCCUGGUACCACGACGACAGCAUGAAGCGCCUCGCGAACGCGGUGCGGGAGUUCGAGAAGAGAACCAUUGGCAAUGUGGGUGUGUGAAUAUGGCAUGAGCAUGACAAAACAUCAGAGAACGGACUGGUGUAUAGCAUUCCUGUUGGCCGUCCAUGAAGCUUGGCAGGGGCAUCCCUCAUGUUGUGAAUGUGAACCUAACAAACAGCUCAUGAUUUGGAGCUUGUGAGGUGAUAGAGAUGGGAGGAAAGCGAAACCGCAACCCGGACGGCAUGGCAGAUUGUGUGCUACUGCAACAACCCUGGUGUCAAUCUGCAAAGGUGAGAAUUUUGUAUAGAGAAGAUAGACAUCCUCAUCCGUGUAAAUCUCAUUGUUGAAUUGUUCUCAGUCAUAAUUCAUUGCAUUCCAUUCGCUUAAAGCACCAAGUUGAUGAUA